ACAAACUAUUUCUCCUCCCAUCUUCUUCUCAUUUAUAAACAUACCUCGAGACUUCAACUCUUUUACUUAACAAAUCCUCUUCUCCAUCACCCUCUACCACCUACCACCUCUUUGGAAACAUUCAAACACACACACACAUAUAUAUAUAUAUAUACAUAUAUAUAGAUAUAUAUAGAGAUAUAUAUAGAGGUAUUUGCACUAUGACUCAUGUUGAGGAGAAGAUGCUUCUCUCUUCUCUAACAGCUGAGUUCUACUCACAAACACCUCCACAAGGUGAGGCAAAAGUGAAGAGAAGGAGGAGGAAGAAGGCUAGAGGAGAUGUUGAUAUGGAGGUGAAGAAGAGGAGACUCACUGAUGAACAAGUGAAGUUUUUGGAAAUGAAUUUUGGUGAAGAGAAGAAGCUUGAGUCAGGGAGGAAGAUGCACCUUGCUAGUGAAAUUGGUCUUGAUCCUAAACAAGUCUCUGUUUGGUUUCAAAAUAGACGUGCUCGGUGGAAGAACAAACAGAUGGAAGAGGAUUACAUGAAGCUCAAAUCCAUGCAUGACAGUGUUGUUGUUGAGAAAUGUCACCUUGAAAAUGAGGUAUUGAAGCUGAAGAAGAGGCUUGAAGAGGCUGAAGAGUUGAUAAAGAAAAUAUCAGGAGGAAUGGGAAGCAGUCCAAGCUCUUCAUUUUCUAAUAAUAGAGUGGAAGGAGAAGCUGAUCAGCUUAUGUAUAUGAGUGAGUAUAGUUAUAAUGGUUUGAUGGAUUGGAUGUGUUUGUAUGGAGUGUGAUUGUGGUGAUUCUGGUCUUGUUUUCUUUUCUUUUGAGUUUUCUUUCUUGUUCUUGUUCUUCUUCUUGGUCUUCUUGUUCUUUUUCUUCCCACUAACUUGUUUCCUUGAUGUUGUAGAUAUAGAAAAUUAAGUUGGUUGUGUUGUAGUUCUAGUUUUGGGAAUAAGAGAAAGCAAAGUCUAUUUUGUUUUAUAUAUA